ACAGUAAAUCCGCCGUUUAUCCGGGAAUAUCCAGCCACCCAGCAGCUCCAUUGUCCGCGAAUCAUGUUCAGGCUACUGAUCCCAUGCCUGAUAUGGCUCUCCAGCGUCCGAUCGGAAACCGCAAUGUCCAUGCACAUGCCGGACGGCAUGAUGGAGGACAAAGCGGGCAUGACGGACGCCAUGAUGCUCAAACCGAAACGAGAAUCAUACCAUAACCCGUGUCCACCGGUUUACUCUCAUCCAAUCUCGUAUUCGCCGCCCCCGCAAAUUUAUAUAAAACCGGUGGUCCAUCCAGCGCCGAUGCCAAUCAUUCAUCAGCCAGUUCAAGUUGUCCAGAAGCCGGUGAUCACCUAUGUGAAGCCAGCACCACCUCCUGUUGUCGUGAAACCCGUGGUCCAGCCUAAGGUUGUGGUGCCGAUCUACCAGAAACCGAUGAUCUCGUACGCGCCUAUCUACCAGAAGCCCAUUUAUUACGCGCCGAUGGUGCAAAAGGUGAUGUACGAACAGCCAAAAGUCCUAUUGAAGAAGAUAGAAGUUCCCGUCACCCAAGUGAUCCAGAAGCCCCAGAUCGCAUAUCCUAUUCAAUAUCAUCAGCCGAAAGUGGUGCACGCACCGGAGCCGCAGAUCAAUUACGUGAAAAUCUCGCAGCCGAUUAUCCACCAUCAGCCUGUGUUCCAGUCGCCCGUGAAACCAUGGUGCCCGUAG